GUUAAAUCUCAACACUUUACAAAGAGGAGGCUUCCCAAACGAGCAAAGAGUGAAUUUACAUUGUUUCAAGGUGGGCUGAGGUGAAGAGAUGGCAUUUGUCAAGAGUGGAUGGUUGCUGCGACAGAGUACUAUUUUGAAGCGCUGGAAGAAGAAUUGGUUUGAUCUAUGGUCAGAUGGUCACCUGAUCUAUUAUGAUGACCAGACUCGGCAGAGUAUCGAGGAUAAGGUCCACAUGCCUGUGGACUGCAUCAAUAUCCGCAUAGGGCAUGAGUGUCGGGACAUUCAACCUCCAGAUGGGAAGCCAAGAGACUGUCUGCUGCAGAUUGUCUGCCGAGAUGGGAAGACUGUCAGUCUCUGUGCCGAAAGCACAGAUGAUUGUUUGGCCUGGAAAUUUAUGCUGCAGGAUUCUAGAACAAACACUGCUUACGUCGGCUCAGCAACCCUGUCUGAUGAGACAGCCGUGGUUUCCUCACCCCCUCCGUACACGGCCUAUGCAGCACCGACCCCUGAGCAGGUGUAUGGCUACGGUCCAUACAGUGGUGUAUACCCGACAGGAACUCAGGUUGUCUAUGCUGCAAACGGGCAGGCAUAUGCUGUGCCCUAUCAGUACCCAUACCCAGGACUUUAUGGACAGCAGCCUGCCAACCAAGUCAUCAUUCGUGAGCGGUAUCGAGACAAUGACAGUGACCUGGCGCUAGGCAUGCUGGCUGGAGCGGCCACAGGCAUGGCCUUAGGGUCUCUGUUCUGGGUCUUCUAGAGUCUUCAGAAUCUUGUGUGCAUAGCUUCUAAUAACCCUGUGUGCAAUAAUAUGAUUUGCAGGGCAUUUCUGUUUGUGACAAAUGUUUUUAAUAAUGUUUUAAUAGUUCUUUUGAAAAUAGUGAUCUUAUCAUCAUUGUAAUCUAUAUAUGUACCACACAGAAGGUUUGAAGCUGUUUAACUAAAAUGUGUUCUCUUUUAGGGUACAGGCUCAUUCCAAGUCUUCUUGCAGAACUCUUGGAGUACCUUAGUUAAACAUACCUGUCUUGAAAGGCACUUUCUUUUCACAGUUAGAUGUAGUGCUUAAGGGAUCAUUUCUUUUUAUGCUCUGCCAAGAAUAUAAUGAUGAAUGAGUAAGUGUGAUUUUGACAACAAAAGCUGCAGCCACUUUUGGUUUCCCCUUAAGCUUGCAAAUCUCAGACGUUACCUUGGGAGUUGUGGCUGGUAAACUGCCAGGCGGCUUCCUGAAGACCACGGUUUGACCUGCCUCUGGGCUCCAUGGGCCCUCAGCAAGGCCACAAUGAUGUGCAUCCUCCCCACCCUCCCCCGCCCCUUAAAAAUGAUGCUUCAGAAAUCUGCCCAACACUAGAGCAGAAUUCUUGUAUCCUGGUCGUUUGUUUUUUCAUUAGCGAUACUUGAACAAUGUCUCAAAUCAGUAAUAAGUUUGAGCCUCAGAAUUUUAGAAGGCAGAUCAGGAACAGGUGUAUGGAAGUAGAUUUCCAUUGUUCAGAUAGGUAUUUUUAGUGUCUGCUUUAGGUCUGUUUAUUGCCAGCAAAGCUUACUUAGAGCUUAUUUUUCUACUUGUUGAAAGUAAUAUUAAAAGAAUGCUGAGGAAAAUGGAGGGAGAAACAUAGGUGAGUGUUCCUGCCUCUGGCUUUCUGGAGAUUGUACUGAAUGAGAGUGGUUUUUUCCUUCCUCUCUGGAGGCCUGUCCUGUAUAGGGAUACGACACUCCAGCUGUCCUCUAGGUGCUGGGAUGGACCGUAGUUGAGAUGGGUGUGAGAAAUGGAGUCUAGAAACUUGAGGGCCUGGCUCAGAAUCCUUCAAACCAGCCAGGACCCAGCCUUGUGUUUGUUCCUGACCCACACAUGAUAGAGAAGCUGAGAAGCAUUUAGUUUUGAGCCCCAAAUGAGCAAAGCUCAAAAACCCACAGUCCUGCCUUUCUAACAAAUACUUGUAUUUUCCAUAUCAUGAAUUAUGUAUUUCUAAUAUUCCUAUUUCUGUUUUAUGUGUUUUGAAGCUCCUAAUGUCAGUUUUUUGUCGUGCAUGUGUUCAACAGCGUACUUUCACACUGGCAUGUUAGCAGUGCAGACCCCAGCCCCACAACUCCAUACAGCCCUCUUUUCCCACAUUCUGUCUCGGCUGGCCCUACCUCCUGAGGUUGUGAAGCCAGCUGCCAAAUGGACCUGUGGUGCCCACAGCCACUUCUGGAGGACUUGUUACAUGGAAGUGUCUGUUUCCAGCUGAAAGGAAGUGCCGUCACUUUACUGUCAUCUCUAUGAGUGGGUAGACAGGAUGUGUGACAACAUGGUGUUGAUGAUUUAAUGUGUUGCUUUAACAAAUAUAAUGUUGAUUUUACAUCCUAUGUCAUAACAAUGACUUUUGCUCAGUUUGUAAAUAUUAUUAAAGCUGUAUGCUUUACUUACAAAAUAGUAAAAUCAGUUUUUAAUGUGCAUUUUUAAUAUGUUUAAUUUUGAAUUUAGAGUUAGUAAGUAUUGGAAUUCCUGGAGCCAGAGUAUUGGGUUGUGUCCCUGGAAUGCUUCAAAGUAAAACAUUUUCCUGUGUCUCAUGCACAUCUUCCUCUCCAGUCCCUGCUCCCAGUGGAGGCCAGCUCAUUAAGUAGCCAGAGUCCUUAGUGACUUCAUUUUGGUAUGAAAUGCAUACUGGGUAUGAAGAUAGGCUCAGGUAUAUCAUUUCCUGGGCCCAACUCCAGUAGACUCUACCCUUGUGAUAGCUUUAACCAUGUCGUUUUUUUAUGGGGCUGCACACUAAGUUAGGAAGUGCGUUAAGGUGGAACAAAAUGCUUUUUCAGCCUUGAGUAAGCAUUUUAUUUCCAUGUAUACUUUUAAAUAAUGAUCCAGGCCUGGAAGAAGUUGGCUGCUGACAUUGAAAACUGCUGAUGUGAUUGUUCUUUUAGCUCUGUUCUUUUAAUUCUUUGAGUUAAUUUCAGGCUCUCAAAAGAAGGCCAAACAAAGCUUGUCUAUUUUAGGUCAUCCAUGACCCAGGGUAGCCAUCUGGAUCGUAAGAAGUUCGUGCAGUUUAGACAGAAUGAUCCAAAUUUAUUUUCUGUAUCAGUUAAUGAUCCUGUAUAAUCUUUCUUUUUCUUUCCCUAGUUGAUGUACACAGAAGGCAUAAAAUGCAGUUCCAUUUUCCUCGCCAGAGUUCGUCUUUCUUUUUUUUUUUGUGAUUGCUUCCAUGUCUCUGUGUCUACAGAGCCUAUUUUCCCCUGUGUAUGCACAUUGUAUAAGUGAAAAUGUGAAAACAGUAAAUGAUCAUUAAUUGUAAACAUGUUUCAUUGUGAAUUCUGUUGUCUUUUGAGAAUCAUUUUGAGAUGGCCAUAGUGGCACAUACCUGUAAAUCCCAGGAUUCAGGAGG